AGCGGGCACGCACCCUCUGCCAGAGAGAUGGCGGCGGACCAGCUGGACCGGUACGCACAGUGGCUCGCCGGCCAGGGCCCAGUGCCCGGCGCCACCCGCGGCGUGGCGGCCGGGGCGGAUCCGCUCUUCCUCGGAGAGUGCCCGGAGCAGAGGGCGGCCCGGACCGAGGAGCACCUGCGGCAGUUCGCAGUGCUGCUGGAAUUCGAGCGGCUGCUGGCCACCGUGCCGCCAGGCAUGUUCGGAUGCAACCCCUGUGGGGUAAAUUUGAAAUUGUGCCCUGGUCCGAAAUCCGGCGCAAUCCGGCCUAAUCCGGCUUAAUCCCGCUGAAACCGCGGCCACUGGCGUCUUUGGCGUUUUUGCCAGGUCACAGUUUGUCUGAGAAGCGUCUCGAUAGGUACCGGCCUCUGCUCGGCAGCUGUCGCCGUCGUAGCGCGCCACGGCUGCCAUGUGUAGAGUGAUGGUUGCGAGGUGUACCCGCGGGACCGCGGGGGCCUCCCAUCGCUUAAUUUUUUCUUUAGCGGAGGGGUAGCCUUCUCUGGCCACCCCUCUGCUGUCCCCCCCUCUCUACGCACGGUGUCUUCGUCGUCGCGGCUGCACUGGUCUGGGCGCCGUUGCGACAGGUUUGCUUUUAGGAAUUCCAGUGGUGCAUUGAUCUUGCUUAGGAAUUCCAGAAGUGUAUUUUUUCAGGGGCUCGGGGGGACUAUUUCGUUCCCGCUCCCGGUGAGGAUUCGUGACAACUUCGUGCCCUCUGUGCCGCGCUCGGGGGGGCCUAUCUCGUUAACAGAGCUCUCCUUGUGCCCUCCUUGAGCCCUUCAGACGAGGCCUGACGGUCCGAGGCCAGUUGGCCAAGACAACCGCUCGCCGCCCCUCUCCUCGUCCUCGUCCUCCUUCCCCUCCUCCCUCCCUCCUCCCAGGCGGUGUUCGCCGUGCGUAUGGCCCGUUACGGUUUGGACGGGGUCGCCUGCCGGAGCGACGUGGGCAUCCACAGUUUUUCUUUUCGGCACUGCUACGAAUCACGUGGCCGCAGAGCAAUAUUAUGUGGGCGCUGUCGGGCGCAAGGCAAGCGUCGAUGGCUCAGCGCAGGGUCCCGCCUGCAAGUGGUCCGAACUCCCCUCUCGUCUCUUCCUCCCGUGCUCGCCUCCCAGAAGGGGAGCGUCGGCCAGCCCCUCCGGGGUGGGCCGGCUCUUCGCUUCCUCUGCCUGUCUCCUCCUCGCUCCCCCCGUGCACGUCGUGAAAUCCGGGCCGGCGGGCCUGUGGCAGUCCCGGCCGCUUGGCCGAUGGACCGUUGGAGGGGGUCUGCCCUGGACCCGGCAGGAGUCGAUACUGUGCACGCUUCCUUCCGUCCUCCCCUCCCUGUUCCUUCUUCCCUCCCCUCCCGAAUUCGUGGUUUGCCUCGGUUUGCAUGGGCCUGGCGCGCAUGCGGUCUUGCGGCCGCUCCUGGCCGACCCUGGGCUACCUCAUCGGCCCAGGCUCGCCCUUCAGCCGCUGUAGCGCUGCUCCGCGCCCAGCUGGGCACCGCCGUGCCCAUCCACACACCUCAUGGAUUCAGGACCCGGAGGAAGCACGAGAGGUGCGGG